AUUUAAAUCAGUAAUAAGGAGCUUGAUUUGAAGGAUAAGUAAUUACAGGGUCAUCUAGGAAGGGGGUUUACCCCACGGCCACGUGACUCAUUUUGCGAUAGCGGCUUGCACACUUCGGGAAUUUCCUCUGACACAAUCCAAACACAGCGCUAUCUUGCACACCCCAAGACAGUAUAUAAGAGGGUUGGGUUACACACCUCAGACAUCAGAAACCUUCCGAGAUAACAAGAGAAGCUCACUGCUCCUUCCUGGCAAGCAGAGACUGAAGAAUCAAGGAGGAAAGCUCGCCUCGCCUCUCAUCAUGAGCUGUAAAUUGGUUGUUGCUGUCCUGGCUGUUUUCCUAAUCUACGCAGCGGUGUCAGAAGGGAUGAGUCUGGCAAGGAUGGGGAAUGAGCUCCGAUGCCAGUGCAUCAGCACGCAUUCCAAGUUCAUCCCUCCCAGGAACAUUCGGGACGUGAAGCUGACCCCGAGCGGACCUCACUGCCAGAACGUUGAAAUCAUCGCUACUCUUAAGGACGGCAGAGAAGUGUGUUUGGAACCCACUGCUUCGUGGGUGAAGAUCAUCAUUAAAGCAAUUUUGGACAAAGCUGAAGCCAAUGGUGAGGCAAAACGCUAAGAGAAGCCAAAGAAGAAAAAUCUCUGAUGUUCUCCAGUUUCCCCUUGAAGGAAACCUCUCUGUGAAAGUGCCAGUCUGCAAGCAGCCCACCUCCUUCUGUUAAUAUGUUUUCAGGCAGAUUCCAGCUAGCAGUCUAUUUAUGUAUUUAUUUAUUGAGGAGCAUCAUGUUAAGAGACUUUUUUUUUUUUUAAAAAAAAAGAAGGCUCAGUUGUCUAUGGGAUAUGCCACUUUCUGAAGUUGAAAACCCUGGGUAGAGAAAAGGGAUUUGCUGAGGGAAAUGAAGACCCUUUGGAAACCCCUUAAGCUGAACAGGGUUGUAUGAGUGCAAUGCACUCGCAGCACAGCUGUAUUUAGUCUAAGCCUUGCUCUUUUACUAGUAGAGCAGUAAACUGGUAACAGUUACCCCUCCCCUGCACGAGUAUGUUGCAUCAACAGCACAGUGAGUCCUAGCCAGCCUGAGGCUAGCUAUUGGCUGGGAUUUUGUGGCUUUCAGAAAUUAAGCAGCCAAAGUGCUGUAAUUUGGGGGGCAUUAUUUAUUGUGCUAUAGCACAUCAAUGUUUAUAUAUAAAUAAUCUCUAUUUAACAAGUUAAUCUUUGAGUAAUCUAUUUAUUUAAGUUAUUUUGAUUCAUCUGGAUUUUUUUCUAAUAUGCUAAUUCCUUAUGAAAAUAGAAUAUUUCAUGUUCCUGCUGUUGUGUAGGUUGUUAAUUGUUUUGUUCAAUGAAUGGGAAAAUGUUGAGGCGCAUGUUCCAGUUUUCUUAUUCCUGUACACUUUGGAAUUCCAUCAUUUUUACAUUAAACUAUAUGCUUAAAAAAAAAAGAAA